CGUAUUCAAAUACCUUCGCGGGUUUUGCGCGCCCUCCGGAGAUGAUGAUCUGGCCCAUCAAAAAUCACUUGCUACUAGUGGCCCUCAAGCGAACCAUCUUGGCACUUUCUUCCUUGCUUUAAUGCGGAAAGAUACUAUUCAAUCUCGUUUACCUCGUCUCAAGUCUCUCGACUCUACUCAACGUGCUGCGGUGUUAGAACCCGUUUCGGUAUACCCUACCAUGCAUUUGGAACAGCUACCUCUCAAGAUUUUGCUUCUUAUUGUCGAAUACUUGGGCUCCAAAGAAGACCUGGACUCCUUUACGAGAGUGUCGAAAUAUAUUCGCAACAACAGCAACACUAUCUUGUACAAGAAACACGGUGAAUUAGCACUUCUGUGGGCCGGUGAGAAGGGAAUAGCGGAGACCGCCCAGUUUGCGUUAAGAUGGUACAAUUUCGAAGAGGCAGAUGCCAACCGGAAGAGGGAACUGUGCGAAAGAGCAUUUUUGUUGGCUUGUGACGGGGGCUAUAUUGACCUAGUCAAGAUGCUGCUCGAACAAGGGGUUCUCGCCACGUAUAAAAAUUACGAAGGUAUGAGUGGGCUGUCACUAGCAGCUGGAAAAGGACAUAACGAUAUUGUCGAGAUGUUGGUCAAGGCAGGAGCGGAUCCAAGUUCUGAGGAUAAAGGAGACAAAUCGCCUCUAAUGUUGGCCGCCAUUGGGGGUCAUCAGCAUACAGUUAACAUAUUGCUGGACAGCGGAGCAGCUAUUGAUAGCCUUUGCCAUCACGAGUCCGCUACAGCUCUUAUGUUCGCUGCUUAUCAUGGCCAUGAGAAUAUCGUUAAUAUCCUCCUUGAUAGAGGCGCAAAUAUUGAUAAAACCGAUAAUUUUGGGAAUACAGCUUUAUGGCACGCCAUCUGGGGUUGUCAAAAAGGUGCAUUCCAAACCCUCGUCCAAAGAGGAGCAAAUACUUCCCUUCGGGAUAUCGCAGGGAAGACGUAUUUGGAAAGUGCUGAAUAUUACAGGGGAAUUGAUUGGGUAGCUGAAAAAAGUGGGGAAGGGAAGAAAAAACACAGGAGGAGACAAUCGAGGAGAAAACCAAUGCCCCCUCAAGAUACCGCAGGGAAGACAUACUUGGAAAGUGCUGAAUAUAACAGGGGAAUUGAUCAGGUAGCUGAAAAAGGUGGGGAAGGGAAGAAAAAACACAGGAGGAGACAAUCAAGGAGGAGAAAACCAAUGUCCCCUCAAAAUACCGCAGGGAAGACAUACUUGGAAAGUGCUGAAUAUAACAGGGGAAUUGAUCAGGUAGCUGAAAAAGGUGGGGAAGGGAAGAAAAAACACAGGAGGAGACAAUCAAGGAGGAGAAAACUAAUGCCCUGUUGAACGCCUCAUCACAAGCGGUCGGUCUUUUCCGGUUUCUAAACCUUUCGUGCUAUUGACUGUGGUUGGUCUUUUCAUUCUCGUUAUGCUUGGCAAUUUCGAAUUUUUAUUUUUCAGUGCGGUGUGAAGUUCAAGCAACUUCGAGUGCAUGAGACCUUGCAAUGCCGCCGCUCAAUGGUCCACUGCUCAAAUAUAUUCAAGGGUUCACGAUCUUAAAUCAAUCCCGAGAAAUGAAAGUAUCAGGACUGCCCUUUAUGAUCAGACAUCACCACCAUUAUCGUUGAACAAGACAUUGGACAAGGCUCACAGGACCAGAGGAUGCUGUUGAACGUAUUUUACAGUGUCAAAAACGUCGAUAGACACUGUCUGUGAAGACAUUGCUUUUGAGUACUUUGUGCAACUGGUAAUAACGUAGUCUUCCUGUAAGAUUGAUGUUUAAUCUUUCC